AAUGGACGAAAUUCACGUACCUUCAGAGAUGAUCUUGACUGCCUCAUCAUUCUUGAAACUUUUCAAUGUAAAGAGCGCUCUGAAACGAUCGUGCAAGGGCACCGUACCGCUCGUAUUGAGCAGCGCAGCGCGAAGGGCAGAGAGCUCGCUUGGAGAAACCGCGUCCAUCGAGGAAGAUCGAGAUAAAAAGAUAAUUUGGUGUAGCGGACUUUUGAUUUCAUUUGCUAAACCUUGUCCUCCUACAUAUCAUGCCCAAGUCAAAACGCGCAAAACUCGUCACCCUCGCAAAAGUAUCGAAAAAGACGAGGGAGCAUAAAAAUGCUCUCUUGACUGAGGUACAACAAAAUGCUGAAAAAUGGAAAUACUGCUGGCUAUUCGAAGUCGGCGCGAUGCGCAACUCCCAUCUAAAAACCGUACGAAACCUAUGGAAAGACACAGCACGGAUAUUCUUCGGUCGAGGAGCAGUAAUGGCCAAAGCUCUAGGCGCAACAGCAGAAGAAGAGCACCGAAUGGGCCUCCACAAACUCGCCCAACAAAUAAAAGGCCAGUGGUUCGACGAUUUCAAACAAGCGGAUUACGCGCGAACGGGGAACAAAGCUACGAGGGCGGUGAUAUUACCUGCGGGACCUGUGAUGCGGGUGCAUUCUGACCCCCCUGAACCGUUCCCCCAUAAUGAGGACCCACAGCUCCGGAAGCUGGGUCUAACGACGUCGAUGAAGCGGGGUGUACCUACGCUUGAAAAUCCUCAUAGGGUGUGUGAUAAGGGGAAGGCUUUGACGGGCGAGCAGGCGCAGCUGCUCAAACUUCUUGGUGAGAAGAUGGUGGUGUUUAGGGUUGGGUUGUUGGCAAGGUGGGAUGCUGCCAGCGGGGAGGUUGUCCAAGUUGAGAGUGGAUGUACGGAGAUAGAACGGGCAGGCGAUGAGGGUAAAGACGAAGAUGAGGAGAUGAGCGAGUAGGUUUACUAUUUCGAUCGAGCACAUCAGCGUGUAUACAUUUUGACUUUGACUUGAUCGAGCAUGCGGAUGUAAGGAUUGCUCUUCGUCAGGAAGACGACAAUCAGAGGAGAACAUUAUAAUGAGCAUCAGAUCUCAGAGGUGGCU